AAUAAAAGAAGAAAAUUGGUUAGUUAUAGGUUAUGUUUUUCUUAUACAGACAUUAAAAAUAUUUAAAAUAAAAUGUUUUUGAUUAAUAUACGCUUUAAUACAAUUUUUAGAAAAAUAAAUGAGAGUACUUGUUUAGCCGUAUCAAGAAAUUUUAAUAAAAGAUCCUGUUCGCAAUUUAAUCAAAAAACUGAAGUAAAUUAUGAUGAAAUUACUAACGGAAAUAAAGAAGCAGAGCAUAAACUAAAAGUAUUAAUGUUAGAAGCGGAAGUAAUGCGUCAAGAAGGAAAAGCAGUACCCGACCAUGACUUUCUUAAAGCUGCACAUUGGAAAGAAGUACUCAGUUUACCUUCAAGAUCUUCGAGGCAAAAAUAUCUAGAACAUUUAUUCAAAGUUUCUAAAAAGAAAGAAAAUAUAAAGGCGAAAAAAGAGGAAAAACGGAUUGCUUACGAAAAUUUUCUAAACGAGAAACAGCAACAACCCAAAGCGGAAGAAACACUCGAAGAAUUCGCCUUAAAAUAUGAUCUACAGCACAAUAACAUGUUUUUAAGAUUUUAUGAAACAACAAUGAACCAAAUGUAUAAUAAUAGGUUGAUACAAGCAUUACAAUUCGGACAAAAACUGGUAGUAGAUUGUGGAUACGACAUUAAUAUGACUAGAAGAGAAAAUAUUAAUUGUGCUAAGCAACUUAUGUUGUUGUUCGCAGAAAAUAGGAUGCAUGAUGAUCCUUUCGACGUACACUACUGUAACGCAAAUAAAGAAAGCACUUUAAUAAAAGCCUUCCACAAAUAUAUUCCGACAAUGUACGAGCCUUGGUUCCCUUUAAACAUCCACGAAUGCAGUUAUUUAGAUAUGUACCCCAAAAAUCAAUUAGUAUAUCUAACCCCCCAUUGUAGAGAAGAAGUCCAAGAAUUCGACCAUGAUGCUAUUUACAUUAUCGGUGCUAUAGUAGAUAAAAUGAACCAAGAACCGUUGUCUUUAGCCAAAGCGAAACGAGAAGGUUUAAAAAUGGCAAAAUUACCUUUGGAUAGGUAUUUGCAUUGGGGCGCUGGUUCCGGUAAAAGCCUUACUUUAAAUCAAAUGAUCGCAAUCUUAUUGGACCAAAAACUAAGCGAAAAUUGGGAGUUUUCCUUAAGACACGUCCCUAGGCGAAAGUUAAUGGAAUCUAGUGGAUAUGGGGAUUCAAAUAGAAACAAAGAAAUAAAAAAAUGGACGCCAUCUCAUAAAGUUGAUUUUGAUAAAUUAGGAUAUAACAGAAUGAAAAAAAAUGUUAACAUUCAUAAUAUUUUUAAUGAAUAAAUGGAAAAUCUAUUUAAAAAA